AACAGACACUGCUUCAUCAGCGUGUGGUAGAGGUCAUUCGCCAAGUAGUAAUUGUUGAUGUUUGUUGCACCAUGAGUCAUCUUUUAGGAGCCGGGGACUGCGUGGAGAGUCUGCGCAGAGAUGUGAUAGAUUUACAAGGCGCGCUGGUGGAGGUGUUCUCGCGCACCGGACCGGUCCGUUUCCGGUCGUGGAAGUUCCCGGAUAAAGAGUCGUGCGAUUUGGACCUGGUGCAGCUGCUGGAGCAGUAUGACUACGUGGAGGGAGAGGAGGAGUUUAACCAGCACUCACACGUUGUGUUGUUAGAGCUGGUGAUUGACAGACUGCUACUCUUGCUGCAGAGUUUUAACGCCUACACUGAGCAGAUGUUAGGGAGCCAAAGAGCAGGGGAUUGUGGGAAGGCCGGAGGAUCGGUGUGUGUGGGCCUGGUGGUGAAACGCUACUGGAGCAAUUUAAUCCACUUCAGCAGCCAGCAGAGACAACAGAGAAUGAGCAGCGCGUGCAGGACGGAACCUUCCUCCUCAUCCUCCAGCAGCAGCACGCACACUAACCCCCGGAUCUCUACGUCCCAGCGCUCGGCCCCGCCCUCAUCCCCGUCCCACAGCCUCCACACUUCCCUUCCGCCCCGGCCGUGUCGCAGCGUGAGCUCUCAGACGCUGGAUUCGGCCUUGGUACCGUGUGACGCCUGCGCCGGAGCCCAGACCACGCUGCAGGACAGUGCUCACGCCGUGGCAUCUCUGUGCCAGGCUCUGGGGCUCUCCUGCUCGCUCUGGAGCUUCCUGCAGGCCGUGGAAGAAACGCUGCAGCUCGGACGCCUCUCCGCCUGCGACCUGGCUCUCUGGGCUCGCGAGCAGCACCGGGAUCUGGGACGCAUCCAGGAACACGUCGCUCACGUUCAGGAGAAGGUGGAUUCGCUCACACGCACGCUGCAGGAAGCAGAAGAGGAGAGAGACAAGCUGAGAGCACAGCUGCAGAGAGAGAAGGAGGAGAACAGGAGAGAGAGAGAGGAGAGGAGGAGGAGAGAGGAGGAGGACAGGAGAGAGAGGGAGGAGAGGAGGAGGAGAGAGGAGGAGGAGGACAGGAGAGAGAGGGAGGAGAGGAGGAGGAGAGAGGAGGAGUGGGAGAGAACGCUGCAGGAGGAGAAGCGCAGACGAGACGAGGAGCUGAAGACUCUGCAGGAGGAGAUGAGGCGAGGAGCUGCGGCUUUAGAAGUGAAAAUCUCUGAACUGAAAGGAGAAUCUGAGCUGCAGAGAGAAACACGGCAGUGUCUCGAGCGUGAGAGGGAUUCCCUGCUGGAUGAAGUGCACCGGCUUCGUCUGGAGGAAGUGAGAUGGAAGGAGACGGAGGAGAAGAAGAGAAAUCUGGAGUUGGAGCUCGGUGACACACAGAAACUUCUGGAUAAGGAGAGAGCUAAAUAUCACAGCACUCAGCGCCAACACGAGGCGAUGGUGCUGAAGCAGCAGGCCCUGCUGGAGCGUGUAGACGCGUUGGUGCAGCAGUGUGAGGAUGUUCAGUCUCGUCUGGAAGAGUGUGAGGAUGAGAAAGCCGAGCUCACUGACACACUCGCACACACCACACAGGAGAGGAACACAGUGCAGGAACAACUCACACAGCAGGAGUCUGAGCUCCUGUCUCUGAAAGAGGACCGAGAGCAGCAGCGUGUGCGAGUCCGGGAGCUGGAGGAGUGUGUGUCCAGACUGACUGAGGAUUUACAACAGGCUGAGGAGAGAGAGAGGAUCCUGGUGGCUUUUCCUGAACUUAAUCGCCAACACACUACACCACAGAGUACAGGUGAUGUGCUGUGUGAUAUGGAGCAGCAGUUGAAGGUGAACUCCAUCAGGAUCAGGGUUCUCGAGCAGGAGAACGCGUCUCUGAAUAAAACCCUGGAGAGACUUAAACACACUCGGACCAUCACACCGAGUCAGCAGAGUGCAGGAGAUCGGACACCGUGUCCAGCCUCGGGAAGCUCAGAAGUGUACAGGAGAGAAAGAGCAAAAGAAAAGCAGAUCAUAUCUUCUCCUUCUUUCUCUGCUCUUCAUCAUCAGACGGUCCGUCUGUCUCUCGUUCCAGACGCAGGGGAAACGUACACGAAACUGCGCCAGACUGUACGCGCACGCUCCGCUGGGGUGAACCGCAGGAAGAAGUGAUGUCACCACCUGACGCCAACAUGCAUGUCACAAACAUUAAAUAUUUUGAAAAAUGCUGUAAUGUACAGUGCAUCAGGAAAGUAUUCACAGCACUUCACUUUUUCCCACAUUUUGUUAUGUUAAAGGCUUAUUCCAAAAUGGAUUAAAUUCAUUAUUUUCCUCAAAAUUCUACAAACAAUUCCCCAUAAUGACAACAUGAAAGAAGUUUGUUUGAAAUCUUUGCAAAUUUAUUAAAAAUAAAAAACAAAAAAGCACAUGUACAUAGUAAGUAUUCACAGCCUUUGCCAUGACACUCAGAAUUGAACUCAGGUGCAUCCUGUUUCCGCUGAUCAUCCUUGAAAUGUUCCUACACCUUGACUGGAGUCCACCUGUGGUAAAUCCAGUUGAUUGGACAUGAUUUGGAAAGGCACACACCUGUCUAUAUAAGGUCCCACAGUUAACAAUGCAUGUCAGUGCACAAACCAAGCCAUGAAGACCAAGGAAUUGUCUGAGGACCUUCGAGACAGGUUUGUAUCGAGGCACAGAUCUGGGGAAGGGUACAGAAACAUUUCUGCAGCAUUGAAGGUCCCAAUGAGCACAGUGGCCUCCAUCAUCCAUAAAUGGAAAAAGUCUGGAACCAGCAGGACUCUUCCUAGAGCUGGCCGCCCGGCCAAACUGAACGAUCGGGGGAGAAGGGCCUUAGUCAGGGAGGUGACCAAAAACCCGACGGUCACACUGACAGAGCUCCAGCGUGUCUCUGUGGAGAGAGGAGAACCUUCCAGAAGAACAACCAUCUCUGCAGCGCUCCACCAAUCAGGCCUGUAUGGUAGAGUGGCCAGACGGAAGCGACUCUUCAGUCCACUCCUACUCCCCGUCCAUCCUGAUGGAGCUUGAGAGGUCCUGCAAAGAAGUAUCAUGGCAUGGCAAAGGCUGUGAAUACUUUCCGGAUGCACUGUACACAUCUGUCUGUAUCUUCUAAACCUGUAUUGAACUAAAUUAUGAAAAUAAACAGGUAGCCGACUCUUUCUUCAGCUCAGGUGACAUGAGUGUCUUAAUUCUCUGAUUGAAACCUGAGAUGUGCUGUGACCUCAGUUCAACCACAAUCUAGGCUCA